AUGUCUGCAACAACAUUCACAGCUGCAGUCACUGGACCUAUUUACAUGGGUUUGAGCCCAAAUGGGUCCAAGCUUUUCCAGACUACAAACUCACUGCCUUGGAGCAAGAAAACGGUCUCAAACGGCUCUAGGGUUAACUGCAUGAAGGUUUGGAAUCCAAUCAAUAACAAGAAGUUUGAGACUCUUUCGUAUCUCCCACCUCUCACAGAUGAAUCCAUUGCAAAGGAGAUUGAUUACAUGAUAAGGAAAGGAUGGAUACCGUGUCUUGAAUUUGACUCGGUGGGAUAUGUAUACAGAGAGAACAGCCGAAUACCGAAUUACUACGAUGGAAGGUAUUGGACAUUGUGGAAGCUACCCAUGUUUGGUUGCACUGAUGCCUCACAAGUUUUGAAUGAAAUCCAGGAAUGCAAGACAGCAUACCCAAAUGCAUAUAUAAGGUGUUUGGCAUUUGACAAUGUGAGGCAGGCUCAAUGCAUGUCUUUUGUUAUUCAGAAACCUACUGCCCCUUGA